AUGGCGGAGGAAGAUACCGUGAACGGGAGUGGAUGGAUCUCGGAUGACAGCAGUUUCUAUGGCAGCGAUGAGGAGAAACAGCGCCUGACUGAACUCGUGGGAGACAUUGAUGCAAGCCGAUUCUGGAGAGCCCAUGCCAAAGACAUCAACGUUAUCAUGAUGGCUGCGAGAACCCAGCUCCUCGUAAAAACUACCGGCAUUGGCAUAGCGAAGCCGCCUUCUUCCAGCGAUCACGACGAUGCAUCCAAAUCCAAUAGAAGCAAAGCAGGAAACUCAUCAACUAUACGCGAGCAGGCUUCCACCAUGUCUGGCCUCAACCCCAAGGCCGUGGGGCAGGAGGACAUCGCAAUAUCUGGCAAACGCAAGCGAGAGCCGUCACCAGGGCUCGAGUUGUUCAACCCACUCCAAGGACGUCCUGAUGCAUGGCAGCUGGGUGAGUCUGUAGAUGAGUUUGUCAGACGCCUUCCGCCAGUCACUACUUCCGUCUUCACGUGUCCCUGGAUCUGGGCCGAGAAUCCUCAUCGCAAUCCUCGCGACAAGUCAUCAUGUCCGCGUGUUGGCGACUUUACAACUCACGGAAUGAAACUACUUGAGCAGUCGCUAGAUAACCGCCGUGAGAUCCAGAAAGCAAGUGCUUCACAGCCAAAAGGAAUGAUGACCAGACAGCUCAAUCAAGAGAGCAAGUCUUUACAAGAGCGUAUCGCUAUCCUCGCAAAAGACACCAAUGUCAUCUCUGGGAAGUGGAUGCUGUUUCUUAAGCCUAUGGAUGUUACUCGGGUCUGGAAAGAGAUCGUAGCAGGUGUCAUCGACAAUCGACUUGGCUCUAGCUGCAAGGUGGCAACGGAUGACGAGAGUGAAGAACGACUGAUCUGUGUCUACACCAAAAACUUCCAAGAUACCCAAGAUGUCCUGCGCGUGCUCCAGGCGCUAGUGGAGAUGGGUCUGGUCUCUUCUGAAAAGGCUAUUUACUACAAACCUGACGCCUACACAUACCUAGAUCUGAGACGCGAAAAUGCAGCCGAGUACGGACUACACGCGAGCCUCUAUAACUCACGGUCAAUGCUGGCCUCUAGCAGGGUAUCCCAGUCAGCCCCUAAAACGCAGAAGCAGUCUGUGCUGGACAGGUAUAUCUUGUCGUGA